AUGGCAGAGGCCAUUGGAAUUGCCGGCUCUGUCGUCGGAAUCGUUGCUUUCGGGCUGCAACUUGGCGUCACACUACAGACACACAUCGAGGCCGCCGUAGAAGCUAGCGACUGGCUUCAAGAGAUUGCGUUCGAGAUCAAUUUCACGGCGGCUGUGUUGAGUCAACUCCAAGGCAUCAUGAAGAAAGACUGCGAUGCAGCUGCCCCCAUUUUCAGUAUCGAUGGCGUUCGGGAUAUCAAGCGGCUUUCCGACAGAUGCAAGAGAAUAUACGACGUCAUUAUCAUCUUAUUGAACGAAGCUGCCGAGGGUUCUAAGAAUAAGAAAGUAAAGAGAGAAGUAUCGGCGGAUGGCCUCGAUGACUUGUCAUUGAAGCUUAACAACCAUCCAACACGGGCUCCCGGAUCACUGGAAGAGGAGCAAGCUCUCAGAGAGCUAGCCCAGGAACUGAUGAGAAAGCGAGCAAACCACGCAAAGCAGCUCAUGCAACGCCAUACUGAAAAAGCCGACAAGGCCAUGGCAGCAGCGCCCACUACUAAGCCCGAAUCAGUGGGCCCGCCACCAGGGGAAACCAUUAGUUAUUAUAGCGGCAUUAAGCAGCCGGAAGCACUGCCUCUCCUAGCGAUGACGACACAUGAUGCAGAAUCGGGAAAUCGAAAAGAGGAUGGCCUUGAUAAGCCUAUAGUUAAUCCAAGUCCACAACCAGAUGGCACAGAAGCAAUGGUAGAAAGCGACAGGCCUCAACGUCAAGACAGGAAUAUGAUCGAACACGCCGUGCACCCGCUUUCCAAUGGCUUUCAAGGCCGUGAAGCGCCAUCCACCCCUCCGCCCCCUCCCUUCUUCUACCGCCAUCCACACACAGCAAGCGACGUUGUCGCCGAGGACGAGACCAGCGGGGAUUAUUCCCCCUCUACCAGCAGUCAGGAAGACGGUGGCUCUCAAUAUGAUGAUGGAGGAUCUAUCCGUGGGAGCACCGGUGCCCCUACCAAUACCACAUCUUCAAACCUAAUCCUUCGUUUCAUCCCGAAUUGGGCCCAGGGCAUAUUCUCACGUGGCCGGCAUGAUGGCCGGGAGAAUGACAGGCUGGAGGCUUUUCUCCUUGAACUACCGGCCAGAACCGACCUCGAAUCAAAGCCGUCACUGAUGAAACUUGAAAUGGAACAAAAACUCAUCGAUGCUGCCCUUUCUGCAAUUGUGCCGCGCCGCUGGCAAAGAGGACGAUGGCAGAUGUGGGAGCAGUACAAGGCCGUCGACUCGCGCGUGCGCCACGAAAUCUACCUUGCUAUUACAUUGUCAAAGCAGUGGGACAAGCAAAGCAGAACCUGGAUAGCUAUUGAGGUCACUCAAUCGUCAGAGCUGGGCCAACCGGAGAGCGUUCACAUUGUUCUGUUCUUCCGGCUUGUCCUGUCAGACCACGAGCCACGGUCCCCGCAGCAAGUAGGCACCAUAGUGCCGCCUUCACCUACAACAGACAGCGAGUCUACAACCAACUUUGACAAGCACGAUCUAGAUGAAGAGAUAGAGGGACUUCUCGGCCCAGAGGAGAUCAUUACAGGUGAGAUUGAUACAUCUCAGCUUGACUUGGGAGAGCUACUGAAGAGAUGGACCAACACUCCGGAUGCUGGUGGAAACGGUGUGCUAUCAUCAGAGCCAGACAUAUGA